AACACGGAUUUUUUCGAACUGCUGCGCCGGUAACACUAGUCCACUUUUUAGAUCAUAACACUAGAUCUUAAAAUGUUACGAAAUGUGUGCACAUUUUCCACGCAUUUUGGAAAAUGCGUAUUCCAAGCCCAGCAACCGAUUCGCGGAAUGGCGGGCCACUCCAAAUGGGCCAAUAUCAAGCACACCAAAGCACUGAAGGAUGGGGCCCGAGCGGCGCUAUUUGCAAAAAUUUCGAGGCAAAUUCGAAUGGCCAUUCAGGAGGGAAACUCCGCGGAUCCGGCAAUUAACUCCCUUUUGCGGACGGAAAUAGAAAGAGCCCUCAAGCAAAACAUGCCCAGUGGCACCAUACAAAACACCUUAAACAAAUUCAAGGCCAGCAAAGUGCAACUUAAGAAGUACCGGAUCGACAUCAAGUACAAAAGAAACGUGUACCUCAUAUGCAUUUUCUAUACCGACAACUUUUCUGGCGUUAAAAUGGAUGCGACACCGAUGAUCAAAAAAGCCGGAGGCGAGUUCAUGGAUGUUGGAAACCUGUUUGAGGACUUUGGAUUGAUUGAAACGCGCUAUGAUACUGCAAAACUUCUAAAUGAAUCCAGUUUGGAGGAUAAAGCCACCAAUGAUGCUAUAGAGUUGGGCGCCGAAGAGAUCGAAGUCGUUGACAAUGCCGAUGGCUCCGUCAAUUUCCUAUGCAAUCCAUUGGUUUUAACUAGCUUAAGUAGGAACUUGGAAAAGGCUGGAUACACCGUGGAAAACAGUGAACACAUAUUUUCACCAAUGAAUGUAGUGCAAUUAUCACCCGAAGAGCAAAAGGCUUAUGAUGUGUUUGUAGAAAAACUGAGAAACCUCCCGGGCUUAGAGGAUAUCUAUGACAAUGUGGAACAAACAUGACUUGUUAAAUAAAACGUUGAAUAUAUUA